AUGAAUCCAAACAACAACAACACCCAAAAAAAGAAAACUCAAAAACAACCUAUUCCAUUCCAUUCUCAGAAAAGUAAAGCAAUCCACACAAGCAUUACCACCACCACCACCGAUCAAGAUCCAUCAUCAUCAUCAUCCUCGGAUCACCACGUUCAGAUCCAUCCUUCCUUGAACAGCAAGAGCUCUUCAAGCCAAAAAAACUCUCCUCACAACAGCAACAAUCAAGCUUCUCAUCAACAACAAGAAGAACAACAAGCACAACUGCAACAACACCCCAAUCAUGAUGAAGAGGUUGGCUCCUCCUCCUCCUCCUCCUCACUCUCAUCAAGGCUUAAUUCCACUCUUCCGAGUAAUAGCAGUGGUCGUAGUUCUUUGAGAAGAAACUCAAAGAGAAAAAAAUCAAAAAAUUCUUCUUCUGGUUUUGGACUUCGUUGUGCAGAAGAGGAUAAGAACCAACAUCAUCAUUGUUCGGAGUCGCAGCAAGAAUUUCAGAAAGAGUUGUUUGUGAACAAUAACAACGAUUCCAAGCAACAACAAGGAAGAAAUUCAAAUUCGGGAAGCAAGCCAAAAGUUGGAGCUGGUGGUCAUCAUCAUUCAAUAUUGAGUCCGACUCAUAAACAAUUAUUGCGGAGAGUUCAAACAAAGAUUGAAACUGAGGAUUAUACUCAAGAUAUCAAAUACAGAGAUUUAGAAACGAAUGAGCAGUACGAUUUGAAAUUAAAUAUGAAAAGAACAGUGAUUAAUAACAUGCUGGAGAUUUACACGGAAAUGAAUCGAAGAGCUCAAUACUUGAUGAAAUAUAUCGGAUUUGAAAUUGAUAAAACUUGUUUUUAUGACACUGAGGUUAAAAAAGGUUAUGUUUUGCAUGAACAUAUCGCUGAGGUGAAGAAUGAGCUUGCUGAAAAUCAUGGCAAACGGGUACCAAAGGACAUGUUUGUGAAGUACCCAAAUGACCCUAGUAGGUCAGUGUCAAUGUGUGACACAGAGGGAAUGUCAAAGCUGUUGGAUCACAUUUUACAUUCAUAUAUAUCCAAUUACAUGGUAUGCCCAAAGUGCAAAUCAGUUAAAACCACAAAUCCAAUCGUUGUUGAUAAUGAUCAACAACAAAACAUCUUAAAUGAAUUUAAGGAGAAUUAUAACGAAGAACUAAUAGAAACUCAACAACGCCAACUUAUUGAACGAUUGGAUGAUUUUACAUUUUUCACGAUUCAAUGCAGAGACUGUGGACAUAUCGAAAAGAUUGAAAAUGCAAAUACUUCUGAUCAAUUUAUUAAGCAAAUAUUUCAGUCAAGACAGAGAAAUAUGUCCAAAUCUCUCAAACAUCAACAACAUCAGUCUAAUGAUAGUAAUGUUUCACACGAACAAUCAUCAGAAUUUGCAAGUAAUGCCGAUUACUAUCCACCAAUGUAUGGCUAUCCACAUGAUCAACACUCACAUUAUUAUUACAUGCCAUCCUAUUAUCCAACGUCAAAUGUUCUUCCACCAACGCCAACCACAGAUGUGUAUAGACAAGGUUACUAUCCUCAAUUCUAUCCUAAUUAUUAUCCUUAUCCUUAUUAUAUACAACCCAUGUAUGCCAUUACUCCACCCUAUAUCAACAACAACAUGAAUUCUGCCAGUAGUGAAGGCUCUUCCUCUAGUUUAUCGAGCUCUUCUUAUCGACCUGUGAGUGACAAUGGCUUUAAUGGAGGUUCAUCAUCUUUUGAUAGUGGAGGUGGAGGUUCAUCAUCUGCAGGUUUGGAAUUUAACCCGAGUUACAAAGCCGCUGGAAUUAUUCCCUAUUCCUUACAUAAUGGAAAGGUUUACUUUUUAUUAGGAAAGGAAAAUAGAGGAGGUAAAGGUGACUUUGUGUCGAAUUCAGGCAUGUCACCACCAACAACCACAGAGAAAGAAAGCCCAUACAAUGUUGCCAAGAAAAUUCUGACAUGGUCUGAAUUUGGUGGAAAACGUGAGAAAUUCGAUGCUAAUCCUUUUCAUACAGCAUCCAGAGAGUUUUUCGAGGAAACAAGAGGAUUAUUUGGAGACAUUCAUGAAAAAAUUGCCCCAUUACCAGGAAAAUACUACGCCAAUGGAAAGUAUUACGUGUUCAUGAUCGAGUUGCCAUUUGUUGAUCUGGAAGAAGAUUUUGCAAACUCGACACUGGUAGAUAGUAAUACUGCGAAAAUCGAAAAACUAAGACUUUCUUGGAUUGAUGCCGACGAUUUGAUACACAGAAUUUAUGUUCACUCAUCGAAAUACUAUCACGAAAAUGGACUUCUUAAACUUUCAGUGAAUGGCUCUGACAAGGAUGAAUUCUUGCAUCCAUUUGCGUUGGCCUUGUUUAGAUUUAUGAAAACAGAAGUGUUGCAAGUCAUGGAGAAAGCCAAAAUGAACAAGCAACGCUGA